UGAAAAAAACCCUGAAAAUGAAACUUUUACAAUUGAGAUUUCUGAUGAUAAAAAGUAUGAAUUGCUCAAACAUAUGGUAAAAAAACGCUUGGCACCUUUAUUUGAUUCCAUCCCUUCUACUCAAAUCACCCUUCGUUCAUCUGCCGGUUGUAAUAUUUUUAAACCAAUGAUUAGAAUUUCUGAAGACUUUACUACUAGCCCCGAUGAAAAUAGCAUUCAUAUUUACAUAGACCCCCAAGAAAUUAAAUAG